AGUGUUUCUUCAGAUAAUUAAAAUUAAAUUAUAUUAAUAAUUAUUAAGUUUAGUGUUUUUGUUUGCCUUGUGUUAUGUGUUUUGCGCGGGGCUGUUGCGCGUGUCUAGCCGUACAUGUAUUAAACUCAAAUUGCAGUGCAGUAAUAUUGUAGAGCGACAAAAAAUAUGUAUGAAUGUGUGUGCCGUCAUUUGUGUAUAUGAGAGUGUAUGUACAAUAGUGUGUGCGUUUGUGAAAUGUUAAAGGGAAAAGUUGUGCGUGCGUGUGUGUAUUCAGGAAAAAGUUACUAUCUCCCCCAGUACCAACUACAAUAUGCUGUUGCGCCCCCUACCCGCCCCCCAACAUUCAUUCCGGAACGUCAGCAAUAGCAACAGUGGCGUCGACGUCGUCGGUAGCAUCUUCUCUGGCAAUGGCACUGGCAUAGCUUUUGUAUACUUGAAAUACCGCUUAGUACAUUUUUAGCUGCCGUCGCGAUUGUAUGUACCUGUACCUGCAAUAGUUUCUUUGCUCUCUCUUGCGUAUGCAAUUUACACCUUGUUAUUGCAUUAACAUUUGUUUACAAGCCGCUCUAUAGUGUGUACACAUGUAUUAUUAUGCUAAGAUGCAGUUCAACAUGCUGGGAUACUAAAUAAAUGCUUCUUAUGCGGUUGGAGCACGAAGUUUGUUGGGCAAACAUUUGACGCCAGUGAGACCCAUGUGAAAUGCCUUAUGAAAAAUUCAAUAAAAAGCGUCGACAAUGGGAGGAUAGCGGUGUAUUAGAACUCAUCAAACUAUGGAAAGUUUGCGCCUAUGAAUUGCGCACCAUCAAACGCAAUGGCCAUCUCUAUGUGGCUAUGGCAAAGCAGUUAACGGCCCUUGGCGUACCCGUAACCGCAUUGGAAGUGCACUUUAAAGUUAAUAAUUUAACACAGCGUUAUAGACAGGAGCAAAAAACAUUCGACACUACAGGCAUAAUAAGUACUUGGAAAUUCUACAGUCAAGUAGAUGAUGUUUUUAAGAGUCUGGCCGCGCACACAGGCUACAAAGACAAGCGCAUGAACAGUACCUCGAAUGCCAGCAGCUUGCCAUCUACAUCUGAAUCACCAGUUUGGAAAAAUCCAAUGUCUCAACAAGAGUUUAACAGUAACAACACGGAGGGGUUCUACAAGACAGAGUAUGGCAUGCAUCGCCACUUUAUGGACCACUCCCAACCACCGCCGAAUGCGGGAUCUGUUGACAAUUUUAUGGCCUCAUCGGCAGCUGUAGCAGCGGUAGCCGCUGCCGCCUCAGCGCGCCUAGCCGACAACAAUAUGGAUCAGCAAAUGAGUACAGCAGGCGCCAGUGGGGGUAACCCCGGACCUGGAGGUAACACAAACGGAGGUGUGCCCAACUACAAUAAAAUCAAGAAAUCACACGAGGACUAUGACAAAUUUGUCGAUAUUGUCAAAAAUAUUGUCGACACACACAAGAGCACGCCAGACAAGGUGGAUACAUUCAGUGAUUUUAUUAAAUCGUACAUGAGACGCUGGCCCGAACGACUGCAGGACGAGGCCAUCAAUCACAUUACAAACUAUGUGAUUGUCAAGAAUAUGGAACAUAGCAUGGGAGGCGUGCAUAAUCCAGAGGGUGUUAAUAAUCGACAAUAACAAUACAAGCAGGAGCCCAACAACUAGACGCAAAGAAUGGAGGGGCAGAAAAAGGCGUAGAGUUGUUGGACGGCAGCUGUGGGCAGCAGUUGCCGUAAUUAGCAGCUCCACUCUAAAUUAAUAACACAGACGGGCUGCCUCAGGAUCGAUUUACUUAAAAGUUGCGAGCAGUUACUUAAAAAUACAACAAACACUUGGUUUGAUUGAUUUAGAUAUAAAUCCAUAUUAUGUUUAUUUAGAAACGUAUCGUAUCGUGCAGUAUUUUUGUAUAGGUAAAUUAUACAGUGGAAUUUUA